UUGCAAUCACAGCAUCCACAACAAGUACCCUAACUCCGCAGAAGGAAUUGCUGUGGCCAAGAUGUGAGCGCGGGGCGCAGGGCGUGGAUUCGCGGCUAACGGCGCACACCAUCGGUCGGCCGCACUUUGGAUCUCCGAUACCGGUAUUAGAUAAGUCUUGAUCUGAUAUGACACCCCCUCACUCCACAGUGCGACUCGAACACCGCAACAAUGAGCGCCCAGAGCAAGACACAGAUUUUCACCAAUGGUCGCCUCUUCCAUGAUGGCCUUUUCACUGCUGACGCACAAUGGCACUCGACCAUGGUCGUACGGGACGGCAAGAUUGCUUUCAUUGGAUCUGACGAUGCUCCGGAGAUCAAGUUCUUCAAUCAAGAAAGUGGUGUCGAACUCAUGGAUCUCCAAGGUCGGCAUAUUCUGCCGAGUUUCAUCGAUGCACACAUGCAUCUCCUGAUGCUGGGACAAUCGCUUCACAAGGUCAAUCUGGAUGGAUCCAAGGAUCUGGAGGAGAUCCGGUCAAGGAUCUCGAAGUAUGCAAAAGAGAACCCACACAAGGAGAGGAUCUUGUGCAUGGGUUGGAUGCAUAGUAUGACCAAUGGUGAGGCGAAGGCAAGCCUGCUCGAUGAUCUGGACCCGCGGCCUAUCUACAUCGACUCGAAGGAUAUCCACUCCGUGUGGUGCAACAGUGCUGCUUUGAAAGAGAUGGGCGUACAGGAUAUGGAGACCCCAGCCGGAGGCAUUAUAGAGCGAGACGCGAACGGCAAGGCUUCGGGCUUGCUGGCUGAGGCGUGCGUAUUGCUGAUAGUAUGGCCGUAUCUUGCGGAGGUCCUACCAAUGGAAGACAAGACAGCCGCGUUGCAAGCAGCGAUCGACGCAUACCAUGCCGUAGGAACUACCAGUUGCAUUGACAUGGCAAUGGAUGAGAAUGCUUGGGAGGCUGUUCUCGAGCUGAGGAAAAGCAAGGGUGGCUCCUUGCCUCUUCGUAUUGCGGCUCAUUGGUGCAUCCUGCCUGGCGAUGGGGAAGAGGACCGCUUGCGGCAGGUCGAGCGUACGAUUGAACUGAAUCGGCAAUUCAACAACAGUACAAGCCCUGAUCUCCGUAUUGUCGGUAUCAAGGUUAUCUGUGAUGGCGUGAUUGAUGCUUGUACUGCAGCCCUGGCCAAGCCGUAUACCAAUAACGGCCACUUCGAAGGACCGAUUUGGACGCCAGAGAUGCUCGGCCCGGUGGUGAAGAAGGCAGCUGACGCUGGUCUACAAUGUGCACUGCAUGCCAUCGGUGAUCAGGCUGUGACCAACGCUGUCAAUGUUCUGGAGAAGCAUGGCCAACCAGGACAGCGUCAUCGUAUCGAGCACCUCGAGCUCACAGCCCCUGAGGAUGCAAGAAGACUCGGUCAGUUAGGUAUAACAGCAAGCAUUCAACCCGUGCAUUCGGAUCCUGCAAUCCUUCGUGCAUGGCCUAAGCUGCUUGGACCGGAGCGGGUGAAGCGUGCGUUUGCAUACUCCGAGUUUGCAGACCACGGUGCAGUGCUAGCUGUUGGUACGGACUCACCUACUGCUCCGUACGCACCUCUGCCGAAUUUGUAUGUUGCGACGACACGUAAAUCAGCCAGGCAGCCUGACGCGGGUGAUGUACCCGUGAACGGAAACUUCAGACUAGAGCUGGCGCAGGCCGUCAGUGCAGCAACCAGUGGGGCAGCCUGGUCUUGCUUCGCUGAGGAGAGAGUAGGCAGCUUGGAGGUUGGCAAGAUGGCCGACUUCACCGUCAUUGACACAGAAUGGAAGGGUGAGGAGCUGCUGAAUGCGAAAGUCAGGGAGACAUGGUUUGAGGGCAGGAGGGUCUACGAGAGUCGGACCGACCCCUCACCCCCGAAUGUCGAGGAAGGAGCGACGAGGCAAGCAGAUAUGGCAGUCGCAGCAGAGUAAACUUGUAAUAAAGCUAAGGCUUCAACCAAAACGCAUUGAAUAUGUCCAACCCCCUCAAAACGCAGACGCCAUCUUCAACGGGCUAGGGGUCAGCCUCAAA